GCUGAGACCUUCCUCCGCUCUCCGCACCCUCGAUGCCGGCCGAGUGAGGGCCCCAACCCAGCCCCGCCAGCCAUGGCCUCGCAGGACGGGCUGCAGUACCGGGCACUGUACGAGUACCAAAAGGCGCGGGAUGAAGACCUAGCGCUGGCCCCCGGGGACCUGCUGACGGUGAGCGUGGCAGGGCUGCCCGAGGGGGACGAGCGGAGCCCCCAGGGCUGGCUCAACGGCCUCAACGAGCGCACCAAGGAGCGCGGAGACUUCCCAGGCACCUACGUGGAGUACGUGGGGCCCGUCAGGGCCAUGGCCAUCGCCCCCAAAGCCAGGCCCCGGCCCGUGCCACCUGCCCCACCCGGGGCGCCUGCCGGCCAGCUUCGAGGCCCCGUGGAGGCCACGGAGCACACGUCUCUCCCCGAGCAAGCCCCUGUGGCCAUCAGGAGGCUCCUGGAAGCUUUGGAGAAGCAAGAUGUCGAGAGCGAGGCCCUGUACCGAUCCCUGCCCGGCGCUGCCGGCCACCCCGAGCUCCGGCAGGCCCUGCUGACAGACCCCUCGGCGGUUGACUUGGACUCCUACGACGGGCCGGCCCUGGCGGAGGCGCUGACAUGGUACCUGCAGGAGCUGCCGGGCCCCCUGGUCCCCCCGGCCGUGUACAGCGAGCUGGUCCACGCUGCUCAAGAGACCCCGAGCCUGGAGGAAUGCAGCCAGCGUGUGAAGGCCAUCCUGGAGACCGCUGGCCUGCCCCCGCCGCAUCGCCUCCUGCUCCAGCACCUCAGCUGCCACUUCUGCUGCCUGGGCCAGAAGAGCGGCUGGAGCCGGUCGGCCGCCCGGGCACUGGGUGAGCUCCUCGGAGAGCUGCUCUUCCACGCCGCGCUGACCAGCACGGAGGUGAACCCGGAGCACCACGUGAAGAUCAUCGAGGCGCUCAUCCUGGCUGGAGGCACGGCCAAGAGGGACGUGGCACCCGCUCUUCCUCCAAAGCCUCCAAAACCAAUGACUCCAGUCAACACAAAUGGGAUAAAGGACAAUUCCAGUUUCUCUUUGCAGGAUGCUGAAUGGUACUGGGGGGACAUCUCAAGAGAAGAAGUAAAUGACAAAUUACGAGACAUGCCAGAUGGAACAUUCUUGGUGCGAGAUGCAUCGACCAAGAUGCAGGGAGACUACACUCUGACAUUGCGGAAGGGUGGCAACAACAAAUUGAUCAAGAUUUAUCAUCGGGAUGGAAAAUAUGGUUUUUCUGAUCCACUAACAUUUAAUUCUGUCGUGGAGCUGAUAAACCACUACCGCCAUGAGUCUCUUGCUCAGUACAAUCCAAAGCUUGAUGUGAAGUUGAUGUAUCCGGUAUCCCGGUACCAACAGGAUCAGUUGGUAAAAGAAGACAAUAUAGAUGCAGUUGGUAAAAAGCUUCAAGAAUACCACUCCCAGUAUCAGGAGAAGAGUAAAGAAUAUGACAGACUCUAUGAAGAAUACACCAGAACAUCACAGGAAAUUCAGAUGAAGAGGACUGCAAUUGAAGCAUUUAAUGAAACCAUUAAAAUAUUUGAGGAACAGUGCCACACGCAAGAGCGAUAUAGCAAAGAAUAUAUUGAACGAUUUCGGAGAGAGGGGAAUGAGAAAGAAAUAGAAAGAAUCAUGAUGAAUUAUGAGAAAUUAAAAUCACGCCUGGGUGAGAUCCACGAUAGUAAAAUGCGUUUGGAGCAGGAUUUGAAGAAACAAGCUCUGGACAACAGGGAAAUUGAUAAGAAAAUGAACAGUAUCAAACCUGAUCUCAUCCAGCUGCGCAAGAUCAGAGAUCAGUACCUUGUAUGGCUCAAUCACAAAGGAGUGAGGCAGAAGCGAAUAAAUGACUGGCUGGGAAUCAAGAAUGAAAAUAUUGAUGAUACAUACUUCGUGAAUGAAGAAGAUGAAAAUCUGCCACACUACGAUGAGAAAACUUGGUUUGUUGGGGAUCUCAACCGUAUCCAGGCAGAAGACUUGCUCUGUGGGAAACCUGACGGAUCAUUUUUAAUUCGAGAAAGUAGCAAGAAAGGAUGUUAUGCUUGUUCUGUGGUAGCUGAUGGAGAAGUUAAACACUGUGUGAUCUACAGCACUCCAAGGGGUUAUGGGUUUGCAGAACCAUAUAACCUGUACAGCACACUUAAGGAAUUAGUCCUUCAUUACCAGCAGACAUCCCUCGUCCAACACAAUGAUUCCUUAAAUGUCAGGCUUGCCUAUCCUGUCUACGCACAGAUGCCGUCCUCCUUUUGCAGAUAAAUUCUGGGGAGGAGAAAAGUGUUGGCUAUCUUGGAUUUUUUUUCUACAGUUUUUAUUAGAACUUGGAGGGCAUUCUUUCUCCUUAGACUGCUUGUUUUGCACAAGAAGUGAUUCUGUGAAUGUGAAUCAAAGAGGCCUAGCAGCAACAAGAUGACAACUUGGGUGUAGGUGUCCUGGUGCUACCUAAAGCUCAGCUGUACUUUUACACUGAUCCUUUUUGUUUCCUUUGUGGGAGGGGAAUAAACUCAACAUUCAUACAAAAAAGAAACUGGAAGCAAAACAUCAUUUUAUGGAGAGGAUUUUUUUGCCAGGCACCUUCAGCAGAACUUUUGAUUGGGAUUUUGUUUUCUCGUUCUUGUAGAGAUAAUGUGGGCGCCUCUGUAGAGGCAUCAGUACAGUCUUUCAGUCUUAAACUCCAAGGAACUAGGGGGAAACUCUACCACAGCAAUGUUCUCUGCUACAUGAACAGCUUCACUGCGAUUCAGCCGAACUUCCAAAAGAGGGCUUGUCUUGAGGUAGCAUGGAAUUUGGUGAGAGAAGACCAAAGGAAUUAUUGGAAAGCUUCAGGUUUUUAUUUAAAUGGGGGGAAAAUCCUUAUAAAGAAAAGUUGCUUUAUUUUUUACCAACAGUAACAAAGUUUUGGUUUCAAUGGCACUACAGGUCUUCGCUUAAAGGAAACAUAACCAAAUUGAACCCACCAAAACGAUUUGUUGCUGGAUUGAGCACUUCUGGGGAAAGUUUGCGUUAGCAUCCGCACAUACUUUUUACACCAAAACUUGAAACAAAUAAAAGGAAAAGCUAAAACUUCUUGCGUGGCUUUGAAAACACUAAUCUGUCUGAUUUGAUGUAAUAGCUCCCCCUUCCCUCCCUCCCUCUCUCUUCACCUCCCUGAAAGCACUCUCUUCUUCCCAAUUUUUAAGAUAAUAUGCUUCAGAAUGUAAACCAGAAUGAAGCUGGCACUCUUAUUUUGAGUUGUGUUGCUGAACGUUUAACUACUCUGUUUGAAACCCUUGUACAUUUUAAAUGUAAGUGUAAAGAAAAGGUGCAAUGCAAUGCUUCUGGAUGGCUUGUUAUACCAAAUAAUUACCUGAGUGAUAGUCCUCCAACUUGCUUCUGUUCAUAACUAGAGUUCCCAUUUGAAUUGGUGGUCAUAAACCAGAUUCUGGUCUGUCAUUCCACUGAAGUCAAGGUUAUGCAAGAUGUUACAGGUGCUGAACUUAAUUCCUCUUCUUGUAGCCAUAAUUAAUGUUGCCCAGCUGACAAAACACUAACCUCAACACCAACUCAUCCAGUGAUGCCAGUUCUGGAAAUUGAUCUACUGCUAACAGACUUCUAGGCACUUGCCAGCACUAGUUUACCUGUAGCAGUAUGGGACUAAGUAGCCAUGUUUUUUUCAGCUGUAGCAAUUCCUAAUGAGUUAAAUCCAAGGAACAGUUUCACUUGAAAAGAAUAAAUUGUUUCCUUAGCUAUUGGUUGUUUGUUCCUCCUAGGUCUCUAAUUUAG